AAAAUAGUCUGACUACCGAUUUGUCGCAGUGUAUUGUGUAAUGGCGUGCUGAGGAGUUGGAGAGCAAAUUCCUCGUCGAAGUUAUACAAGUAUUUAGCGAAGUUAAUUUUCCAACUCACUGUGUGGCCACGAUGAAGGACGAGGAGAACCAGAAGGACAACCGCGAGAGCAUCCUGGCGGACGCCAAGGCGACGAGUUCUGCGAAAUACUCUGCGUCAAGAGUUCAAGGAAAUACUGUGAUGCCAGCCAAGAAGUCCGCCACGGACUUCCGCUUCGGGAAAACCAUCGGGGAGGGCAGCUUCAGCACCGUGUAUCUGGCCAAGGAUAUCCACACGCGCAGGGAAUAUGCAAUAAAAGUAUGCGACAAGCAGCAUAUCAUCCGGGAGAAGAAGCAGGAGUACAUCAAGCGAGAGCGCGAGGUGAUGAACGUGAUGAGCGGCGUGCCCGGAUUCGUCAACCUCUACUGCACGUUCCAGGACCAGAAGAGCCUGUACUUCGUGAUGACGUACGCCGCGAACGGCGAUCUGCUGCCGUACAUAAACAAGGUUGGCUCCUUCGACAUGGACUGCACGCGGUUCUACGCGGCGGAGUUGGUGGUGGCGCUGGAGCAGAUGCACAAGCGCGGCGUGAUUCACAGGGAUCUGAAGCCGGAGAACAUCCUGCUGGACGAUCGCAUGCACACGCUGAUCGCGGACUUUGGCUCCGCCAAGAUGAUGCAGGACUCGAAUGUGGUGCCGCCGGUGAAGCCGCCGCCGGAGAAGGACAAAGUGCCCAUGUCAAAAGGCUACAGGCGCAACAGCUUCGUGGGCACGGCGCAGUACGUGUCGCCGGAGGUGCUGAAGGGACAGCCGGCCACGAAGGCGGUGGACUUGUGGGCGCUGGGCUGCAUAGUGUAUCAAAUGGUGUCCGGACUGCCGCCCUUCCGCGCGGGCUCGGAGUACUUGAUCUUUCAGAAGAUCCUCAAGCAGGACCUCACCUUCCCGGACGGCUUCGAUAUGGCGGCGAAGGAUCUGGUGGAGAAGCUGCUCGUGAUCGAUCCGAACGCCCGCCUGGGCGCGGACGAUGCCGAUAAUCGCUACGACAGUAUACGAGACCACGUCUUCUUCGACGGCAUCGAGUGGUGCAAUCUGAGGGAGCAGACGCCGCCGCAGAUCUACCCCUACCUGCCCGGGCGGUGUCUCGAGGGCGAGCUGAGGAGCCGCUACAGGGUGCCGGACAAUCUGGAGCCGGGCCUCGACGAGCGUCAAUUGACACGACUGCUGGGCCUCGAGUUGGGCACCACCGGCGCGGCUCUUCCGCCUGAGCAAUCAAGUAUCGCGAGCCUGUCUGAGGCGGAGAGGCGGCAGCGCAUGGAAUCACAGAAGACUGAUAAGUGGAAUCAAUUUGUCGAGGGGGAGUUGAUUCUCAAGAAGGGCUAUGUGCAUAAGCGGAAGGGACUGUUCGCGAGGAAGCGGAUGCUCCUGCUCACCACCGGACCGCGCCUCUUCUACAUUGAUCCCGUGCAGAUGGUGAAGAAGGGCGAAAUCCCGUGGAGUGCAGAAUUGCGAGUCGAACCCAAAAACUUCAAAAUAUUCUUCGUUCACACACCAAAUCGAACGUACUACCUAGAGGAUUCGGAGGGAUACGCACUGGACUGGUGUAGCGCAAUAGAUAAUGUUCGGAAUUCCACAUACAGCAACGCGUCAUCGUAAGCAGUGACUGCGGGUGUAAUUUAUUGCAAAGAGAGAGAGAGAGAGAGUGAGACACAGAGAUUGGGUGGUUAGCAAAUAGAGAAGAGAAGAAGAAGAAAAAACUAUUUAAAUUGAGAGAAAAGGAUAAUAUUUUCUAGAUAGCUCCAAUUAUCUCACAGAGAGAGUAAAAGGUAAAAGAAAAAGAGAUUUGCUCGUUCAGUUCGAUGAUUGUAAAAAUACGCGCGAAACAGAUAAAAUAUAUAUAAUCUUAUUUUUGUUGUGGAUACAUAAAAAAAAAUUUAGGUUUUUCUUUUUUGUAGAGAAAAUUUUCGUUGAUCUUUAGACAAAAAAAAAAACACACGGGAAGCAUAGAGAUGUUAAAUCGAAUGGAAAACUUAUAUUCUCAUUGACCCUUGUUUUAUAAUUUGUAAAGGAAAUUAACACAAUAUUUGUAUUUAGGCGAAAAGAACAGAGACAGAGAGAGAGAGAUGUGUAAAAGAAAAGCGAGAGGGAUGAAAAGAAAAUUAUAUUAUGCCAUGUAUUGUAUUCCAAAUAAAGUAAAAGUUGUGUAUUAUAAGUUUUAGAGAAGAAUUGUCCCAUUUUACUUUUUUUCGUUCUCGUGUAUUUAUCAAAAGAUUUUUUAGUUCUUUUUCUUUACCUUUUCUUUUUUUUUGCCUCAAUGAUUAACAAUUGAUAGAGAGUAAAGUAUUUUUUAAUUAUUUAUAAUAAUUAUGUAUUUAAAUUACUACACAUAAUAGUUAUAUAAAGAUUUUGAGGAUGAUACAAAUACAAUAAUAUUAUGACAGA